AUGACACCGGUAAAUUCAGUAGCUCAUGAAAUCUGCAGACCCAACUUCCAAGAAACUCAUCGAAUCUUGUUAACUUCAGUUGAUAACUCAAAAAGGCCAAUCAAAUUAGAAGGUCAACACUUAUUUUCCAGUAACCUGAAAUCAUCAAACAUCCAUGCUGAGCCACAGAUGUUUCAGAAGUCAGGUGAUACAAAGUUCGAAGUUAAGCCAAGAGGGAAAAAGAGCUUAAACUCUGGAAGCACAACAAGAGAACACAGGUUUAAAAAUAAUGUGGGCUCUAGUUUGAAGAAGCUGAGGAAGCCGAAGGAUGAACAAUUGUUAAAGGUUGAAUCAGCUUUGGAGUCAAAAGAAAAUCAAAUCAGAGAUUUAGAAAAGACCGAUGUGUUUGGGAAAAGGGAUAAAGAAAAGUGUGAUUUAAUGAAUAAAAGUAGUCAUAUAAACGAAUAUAUGUUUGCAGAAUAUAAUUAUAAGGAUAUAGGUAAUAAAAAUAAAUCUAUAGUAGGUAAUGAGGUAAAAAAGGGAAACCUAUAUAAUAAAGACAUAGAAUUUUCUGAGCCCUUCAAGAAAUGUAAUCUUUACAAAGUAGAGAGUUUAGAAACGGACAAGAAAAGGGCAGAAGAUAUAGGUAAUAGUGAUGUAAAGAAGAUUGAAGAUAUGGACCAAGAGUAUAGGGAAAACUCUUUACCCGAAUUGGCUAUCUCCAGGUUGAAAGAUAAAGAACCCAACGAUCUCAGAGAUGCCAGAAUUUGGUUGCUGGAACCUUUUAGAAACCUUAUCCUAAGAAUAAGAGCAAAGAUGCACAAGGUCUGGCUCCACUCUCCUACCUACGUUGCAAGAAUUGAAGAUCCAUAUUUACACCAAUAG